CCCGCCCCCAGCAGGCUAGGCUGCGCGGGACCGCGGGCGGCGAGGGCAGGUGCGGCGAGCUGCGGGCAGGUGGCGGCGCGGCGCGGGCCAGCGUUGAAGGAGGCACCAGGACCUGCUGCAACUGAGCCUGCAGGGACGAGCUUCCCUCCCCCGCCAGCCUCUGCCAUGGGAGUGUGGGGACAGCCCCGGUUGCGAUGAGAUGCGACACCGUUGGCUUCCUCUGGCAGUCACACAUCCCCAGCCAGGGCCCGCAGGCUCAGUGGCUUCUGCAUUUCGGAUGUCCUGUGUCUCCAUGGAUCCGCAGCCAUAGCCAUGGCGACGCGGGUGGAGGUCGGCUCCGUAACGACCCUGACAGGAGUGCCGGGCCUCAGUGAGAUCGCCAAGGAGGAGACCCUGACUCGGACCUACUUCCGCCAGGCGGGGGACGCCCCCGGGGCCACCUUGGCCCGGCUCUCUGAGGGAAAAGGCCCCCUGCGGAGCCCCACACGCUUACUCCCCCUGCCCAGACUGGCCCCCAAGCCCUUCUUCAAGGAGAAGGCCCCGGAUGCAAAGACCCCCAUCGCAUCCUCGCAGCCCAGCCCAGCCAGGCCGGCUCCUUCCUGCGGGUGCCCCCAGGACGUGGCAGCAAAGGCCCUGGGUGCCGGGAUGCCCAGCCUGGCGGGGCAGGAGGCGGGGGGCGGCGAGGGCCUGCGGAGAAGCUCAUCCCUGUUCCACAAGGCCGCCUCCCUGCGGUCCAGCCCCUGCUCCGUGAUCCUCUUUGAAACCACCGAAGCUGGCCCCACGCUGGGCAGGCGGGCUGGGGAGGGGGCGCAGGAGGCCAGCGCAGGUGUGUCCCAGGCGUCCCCCUCCGGCUCACGGCCCGAGGUGGCUGCCAAGCCCACCCUGCCCGCCCGAAAGCCUGGGGGGACCCUGCCCAGCCCGGCCUCCCUGUCCCAGGACACACUGCUGGCCACCACGCGAGAGGAGGCAGGCCCAGAGGAGCCGCCCGCCAAGGCCGGCGGCGUCGAGGGCACGGGGGGCCCUGCCGUGGGGCCCAGGCCUCCUCGCCCGAAGAGGAGGCCGGUAUCAGCCAUUUUCAUGGAGACCGUUCAGCCCCAGAAACCAGGCCCAGGCGGAGCGGCCGCGGUGGGGAAAGCGCCCCCCACACCUCCUGAGAAGACGUGGGUGCGGAGGCCCAGGCCCCUGUCCGUGGACCUCACGGCCCGGUUCGAGAGCAGAGAGAUCUUGCUGAAGAAGGUGGCUGAGGAGGCCACCGUGGGCCCCAUCGGCCAGCAGCAGGGGCCCCAGCGGUCCAACCAGGUGCCCAAAGAGGAGGGCGCUUGUGUGGGCAAAGCAGAGGCCCCCCUUCAGGACCCCGAUGCAGACUUCCUGGAGGUGGCCAAGAAGCUCCAAGAACGGAAGGACAAGAUGCUUUCUAAGCAGGCGAGCUCAGCCAGGGUCAGCUCCACCGAGGACCGGAGGCUUGGGGAGGGGAGAGCCACGCCGGAGGGGGAGCCAGAGAGGGCUCCCCAGUCCCCUUCGCCCAGGCCAGGGAACGGCCAAGAAAUGGCUGAGGUCAAGAGCAGACCAUCCGAUGGGGAAAUCCGGACUAGGGGAGAGUGGGUCUCCAGGGGCAGCGUCAAGAAGCGCCUCAGCCUCUUUGGGGAGGAGAGCACCGUGGCCGUGGCCAUGACAGUGGGGUCUGAGCCCCCACUGUCCACCCCUGAGUCCCCGUCGGCUGGUCCAGAGCUGCAGAAAACAGGGGUGAGCGUCCAGGAGCGGAUCAAAGGCUGGGCCACCGAGAGCUCCGAGGCCAAGCCGGAGGUCAGAAGGAAGGCAUUCCAGGCACGGCCACUGUCGGCAGACUUGACCAAACUGUUUUCAAGUUCGGCUUCAAGCAACGAAGUCAAGUAUGAGAGAUGUGCGGAGCUGAGUGACGAGCUUGCUAAGGAACCGAGAAAGAAGUCAAAGGAAGGGCCUGCUUUGGAUGGGGCCUCUGCUCCCAGAAGCCCCUGGCAGCUGGGGACGCUCCGGGAGAAGUCCAGGCAGACACCGAGGAAAGACAGUUGCCCCGCAGCCCCCAACAGCUGCUGCGGGGGGAGCACGGCGGGGGCCCUGAGCUCCCCGGACAGUGCUCCCGAAGACGACGGGAGCUUCCAGACCGUGAGGGCCACGGUGUUUGAGCAUCACGUGGAGAGACACACUGUGGCCGACCAGUCGGUAUGCUGUCCCUCAGCGACACCCCCUGGCACUGUGACCCAUGUCCCUGAGCCCAGACCCAGGCCCGAGAGAAGCUCCUGGCUGGGGAAGGACCCUCCGGAAAAGGCCGUCCUCCAGAGAGAGAACUGCAGGCGGUUUGGGAAUCCUGACACGGAAAAUUUGGGACGGACUCCUCUCUUGAAUGGUGACCCCAAACAGUAUCACACGCCUCUCCCCGAAAAGUGCCCCCCGGGCGAGAAACGUAGCAACAACCCCUUCCUCCUGUGCUUGGAAAGCCCUCCCAGGUCACAGAGGGUCGAGCCCAAGUAUGACAUCAUGCACACAGUGGGGGAGCGCGCGCACAGUGAGGCCGUCCCCACUGCGCCCGAGGAGAAGGCUGUGACGCUCCGGAGCAGCAGGGCCCGGCCCUCGCUGAAGGGGGGGCAGCUGACCCCUGAGGGCACCCCUGCCCCCGCAGAGUGCAGGCUGGACAGUCAGGUGGGGUCCGUCCAAAGGGCCAGUUUGAUCUGGGAAGCCCGAGGGACACAGGAGGUCAGCGGGCUCCACCCCGACUCCCGAGAGCCAAAGGACGUAUUCAGGGGCCUGUCACCCAAGUGGAAAGACGGGGCGGCCGGGAACUGGCAUAAAGCCACGGUGGUGGUCAGUGACGAGAAAGGCUCGGAAGUGAGUCCUGCCCUCACCGGUGAGCGCUCGGCCAGGCCCUGCGGCGGCGAGGCUGCCUCUGUCAGGGCCACCCAGGCCGCCACCAGGGAGCCCCGGCACCAGGGGCCUGAAGGGGCCGGGAGCAAGCCGGGCGUCUGUGUUUCAGCAGGAGAGAGGGGUUUGCUGUGGGGCUGCCCCCUGGACCCUCCUUUCAGGGCUGAGGAGGAGCCCUCCGGCUCCCCCGCUCGGCCACGUCUCCAAGGGCCGGCGCGGAAAGGGCCCCUGGUCGUGGCUGCCGGUGGGGGCGAACCGAAGCCAGCCCAGGCCCGGGAGCCUGAAGUUAGGAUGCGGAGGGUGAGCCCCUCGGACCAGAGAUUUGAGAGGUGGAGGCGGCGGACUUUACCCCACGAUGUGAAGUUCGACGAGUUCAGCUUCCUGGCCCCAGAACACUCUUCAAAGGUGGAGCAGAGAGGCGCGGACCAUCCGAGCUCCACCGCAGGUGCCUUAAGGAAGCCUCAACCCUCCCAUAACAGGGUGGAGGCCCAGGACAAGGACCCAGGAGUUUCACGGGACCCGGCUCCUCCUGCAGCGAAGCCAGGGUCAUCUGUAGAACCCAAGGUGACAUUUUUUGCAGUGACAUAUCAUAUUCCUGAUACUCAAAAAGCAAAGAGCAUUGUCAAGUCAGGGCUGGAACACCUGACAGAACAUUCUAGAAAAAUAGCUCCGCCUCCAUCUCCUCAUCCUUUACCUUCUACCAUGGCUUCUCUCAACCCUGAAGAGCCGCUGGAGACCGUGGGCAGUAAAAACUGGGCUCAGGGCAGAGAGCAUGACAAUGCAAGCGUUUCAAAAACCCGAAAGCUGGCCGACGCCUCACCGCCUCUUGGGGACAGGAUUAUGGGUCUUUGUACCGAGAGGAUCACUGACACCGACACUUGUGUUGGUGUUCAUCGGCGGCAACCAGAGGACAGCCCUGGUUUCCAGAGCGAUUGGAGGGACAGUGGGAACAAGACGUCCCCCAGCCGUGCUCCCCAGACGACCCCAGCUUCCACAAGUCGCCUGAAAGCCAGCGACCUCCUGGUCAGAAGGAGGACUGGGGUGGUCAGCGAGACAUUCCCAGGUAAAGUCAAAGACGGCUACCGAUCCAGCGUUCUUGACAUCGAUGCCCUGAUGGCCGAGUACAAGAAGCAGGAGGCUCAGGAGCAGGUGCCGGGCCCGCCCACGGAGCCCAGUGGCCGGUCUCAGGAGAGGCCAGGCCAGCAGGGCGGGGCUGAACGGAGGAGGAGGAGCCUGAAGGAAGGGCUGGAAGCCGAGGGUCCUCGGAAACGAGCCAGCCUUGCUGAGACAAACCACAGUUCUAGUCCCAGCUCCGGCAAGCAGCCUGCAGAGACCCCGGGGGCGGCCACGAGCCCCAAACUCAGCUCUCCUCUGUGGGCUCUGCCGCAGCCAGCUCCUGAAAAGCAGCCAGGGGCCUCCGCUGGCCCCGGGGCUCCCAGGAAGGUCUCAGGAAUCUCUGAGGAUGAAACGAAGACCUUUGCUAAUAAACACCCCAGUGCCGCCCGGGAGGAGUCAGGCGCGGGAGCCAGUGUGUUGCCCAGACCCUCCCCAGCCGACCACAAGAAAGGGACCCCGAGGCAGUCCAGUUGGAGGGGAGAGGACGGCCUUGCGGCCCAGUGGGGUGACCACCCACAGCACCGUGGCAGGUCACCGCUGGAUGUCAAAAGGGCCUAUUCAGAGAAGGGCCCUCCUGCCAGAAUCCGAGAGGGCCUGUCCAUCAUGCAGGAAGCCAGAGAGAGGAGGCGAGAACACAAGGCAAGGCGCAGCCUCCCUGGGGAGAGCUCGGAGGCCAAGGAGGCCCCAGCAGCACCCCGUCGGCAGGACUCCGGGACGCGAGACGGUCGCAAGGUGCCGUCGCGAGACCCGGGGAGGGAGGAUGUCUCCCAGGACAGUGAGCAGCCGCACCGGCAGGUGCCCCCUGCGGCCUUGGGCCCCCGAAGGAGCCACAGCUUCUGCAAGGACAAGAGGAGCGGGGCCUUCGUGGAUCAGCUGAAACAAUGUUUCACCAGGCGGCCCCCCGAGGCCAAGGACACUGACACCCUCGUGCAGGAAGCCGACAGCCAGUAUGGGACAUGGACGGACCAGCACCAGAGUGGGGAGAGCCUGGGGCCCGAGUCCCCUUCCCCGGACAGCAGCGCCGCCUCAGCUCGGAAGCAGCCCUCCAGCAGCCGCUUGUCCUCACUGUCUUCCCACACGGAGGCCACCUCCACCGGGGACCAGCAGGACUGCUCCCGGGACCGGCGGAGCACCAGCGUGGACCGCUCCAGCACUGACCUCGAGUCCACCGACGGGACGGAGGGGCCGCCCGCUCCGGACACCGGCUCUGCGAGGACCGUGGACGACUUCUCCUUCAUCGAUCAAACUUCAGUCCUCGACUCAAGUGCCCUGAAGACCCGGGUGCAGCUCAGCAAGAGAAGCCGCCGCCGGGCUCCCAUCUCGCACUCGCUCCGGCGCAGCCGGCUGAGCGAGUCGGAGAGCAGGUCUCCGCUGGAAGAGGAGGCCGACAGCACGUGGAUGUUCAAGGACUCGACAGAAGAGAAAUCCCCCAGGAGAGAAGAGUCCGAUGACGAGGAGCAGCCACCCAGGACCGAGAGGACCCCCGUCAGCCACCCCCAGAGGAUGCCGGUGUUUCCAGGCGUAGACCCGGCAGCGCUGAAGGCUCAGCUGCAGAAGAGGCCAGAGGUGGACAGUCCCAGCGAGUCGCCCGGCUGGGCCCCGCAGUCCAAGACCCCCAAGUCCCCCUUCCAGCUGGGCAGUCGUGUGCUGCCCACCAGUGUCGACAAGGAUGAGAGGUCUGAAGAGCCCUCACCCCAGUGGCUAAAGGAGCUGAAAUCCAAGAAGAGGCAAAGCCUGUAUGAGAAUCAGGCUUGACCAGACAGGGUCACUGCCACGUUAAUGAACAGAAGCCUUAACUGUCACAACCCCCAAGACGAGGCCACGCUGCUGCCGUUCCUGCCCGCACAAUGGUUCCCUGCCAGGGCCCUUCUGGUGGUCCAGGGCGCCACACCGCACCGCUCCUGGCAGGUGCCCCCAAACCCGGGGCGGAAAGGCCUGCCCUCCUCAGUGCCCACUCAUCUCCCUGGACAGCACCUCGGCCUGGGAGAGAAGCCAGGCCGCCCAGAAACACCCACGCUGGUGGUUGGGGGCUUACGUAAAAAACGUGCGUCUGCCCACGCAGCCGCAGCUCCGGGUACGUGGGUGUCGGGCUGGAUCAUCUCCCAGGGUUCUGGACAACACCGGAGUCGCAAAAGCACCUCUUCCCCCCACCCCAGGGCAGGUCUUGUUCAAGAGGACUUUGGUCUCCUGCUCGAGUUGCGUGCAAGGCAGUUCUCUGAGGCGGGGGGAGGGGGUGUUCCAUGACUUCUCUGGCCAGUUCCAUCUCUCUGGAAGGAUCAGCAGCUCUGACGUUUAAACACACCCACCCUUACAGGUAGCCUUCCAGCAGGGCUCCAUGCACAGUGGCCCUCUCGUGUCGAGUGUCAUCUCUGUUUGCUUUAGAAGGUGACAGAGCAAUAAUCAGCCAAUCCCCCCUUGAAGUUUGCUAUGUAUGUAUGUUUUCACGGUGAAGAGCGGGAGGAGAGAGGUGGGGCCGCUUUGCCGGAAGUAUCCGAUCAUCUCAGGUUACCUGACCCUGUCCAGGCGUCUUCAAAACUCCAGCGGUUUGCGCAUCUGCUCCCGGUUUCUCUUCUUCCCCAGCUCUGAUUUCUGUGGAGCGACCUUUGUCCCUUGACCUCAAGGGCUCAUACGCCGCAGCCCAAACGGCAGUGCCUUUCCCACCCUGCGCAUCUUUUUCUCCAGAGCCGCGUCUGAACGCCACCCGAGCUGCAGGCGCGGAGCCUGUCCACAUCGGCCUCGGAACACGUACCUAAGCGAGGAUUCUUGUGUUUCUUCUCGCCUCUUCCUCUACCAGCCCCCGCUGAGCUCCCCUGACCAAGUGCUCUUUUUAGGGCCAAAUGAAGGAAGGCAGGGUGUUGCUGAAAGCUCUUCUCUGGAGGGGAGCUCCCCCGGUCCCCACCAGACCUGGGGGACUCUGGACAGAAGUGCUAGAUCCUAGGUAAGGAUGUGUAAGGUUUCCCUUGCCUUUUCUCCCCUUGCUGUCUCUACUCUGUCCUCUUUGGAAAUCCUCAGCACCAGCCUUUCCCACCUGUGAAGCCCGAGGCCGCAGCACACAUCCCAGAAAUGCCUGGCUGGCCACCCGCCAUGCCUGGAGUUGCCAUAAACUUUGUGCCAACCUUACCUGGGAGAUGCCCACUGGUGAGGAUGCUCAGGCAGUUCGUGGGGGCCGCCUGUGAUUGCUGAGGGGCCCUGGAGCUCAGUUUGCUAAGGGUGCGUGCGCAGUGCUGGCCAGAUGUGGACGUGGGGGGCACACGCACGCCCCUCACCCCUGCAACCUCCCAAAAGGCGGGAGUGCUUCAUAAAUCCAUGGUUUGCAAAUGGCGUCCAAGGCUCCCUUCUUCCCGGCCACCUCUCCAAGAGUCUCUGUUUAUCUGCCCACCUUCGUUUGUCCCUCAUCUCCCUUUCCCACCACUUUCCUCUCUUGGGGGGCGGGGCGGGGGGUGGGGUGGAGAGCAGUCUCCGUUCUCCGGCCUUUGCCUGGAGAGCGGCUGUGGGUCAGCACCACGGACAGGGACGGGAGCCGCCCUCCCUGAGUCCUGCGGGCUGUGCUCCGGCGGCUUACUGAUGGGCACUGGUCGGACCCUGUCACCGCCCCCCCCCAGCCUGGUGCACCUGGAAGCCCCCUCCCCACCACCCCCGCAUCUGUGUCUGGAGGUCGGGCCUCACUCCGUAAUAGUUGUGUUCUCCUCAUUCCCUAAGUAAGGGGUCGAUCUCUCCUCUCUGGCCUUUUGGGGAUUUCCUUCCUCCAGGAACUGCUUCAGUUGACUUUGGUUGUUAUUUAAGGCCCAUUUCUUGUUUUAUAACAGUGGAUAUGGUGGCUCUCCAGGUCCAUAGUCCUCUAUAGGACACUGCUGGCGUCCGGAGUUCCUUUUGUGGCUGCUGCUUUCUUUUGUCUUUCUGGGGUGGGAAGGGCCCCUUGGCACCCUGUCAGACUGCAGUAGGAAAUGACCUGUCCUCUCCGGUGAGUGUACUGGUGCUCACCGCACACAGCUCUCCGUUCUGAACAAGUCACGUUUCAGCCCAAGUCUAGCCGGCAGGAAAGAAAAACACUCUGCAGUGAGAUUGACCUGGAGCUCUUUUGCCUAACCACCCCCCCCACCCCUGCAAACACACCUUGACUGGAAAUUGAGAGCCAGUUAAUUCCUUGGAGAUUAAGACAUACAAAGUCCACCCCUUUACACUGACUAGAGCAAGCCCUGAACAUCCUCCUUGCUUUCCUUCACCUCCGGCAGCCUCACCUCCCCACCCCAGGGCAGAUGACCACAGCGGGUAGGGGCGGCCCUCCCCCUGCGGGUUCCCCACCAGCCCAGUGGGGUGCGGUCACGAGGGACGGUUCCCAGAGCUUUUGCAGAGGGCUGGGCCAGGGGCAUGGGCUUCUCCCCUUCUGAAACUGGGCGAGCUCUUCGGGGCAAAGCACGGGUUUGCAUGCUAGUUUCUCGAGUUAGCCCGGAGUCAUCUUUGGAAACCUGUCUCCUUUUAAACGAACUUAAUAUGCCUUAAUCAUCCAUAUGCAAUCAAGUCCCCUGUUCUCUGACCUGCCUCCUCUGGGCCUUUGGCUCUCCUCCAAUGAGAGUCUUACACAGAAAGCACAUGGUGGUAGUCGUAUGGUCUCUGCUCACCCCCCACCCCAUCUCUGUCUCUCUCCCCCUCCCUCCACCUGCUCACACACACCCUGGGCACAUCAGCGUUUUGACAGAGGAUCUUCUGAUAAGCCUGUAUCUUUUCCCCUCCAGUAGAUCCCCUUGGUGGUCUCUUGCCCAAGGAAACAGAGGCCUCUGGCCUGUGAACCCCCCUGGCAAGGCCUCAGGAAGCAGUUUUGCAGAGGACUGCCCGGUGCCCCAGAGAACUUCUGGGGCAGGACGAGCCUCCCGGUGUUUGGGUGGUGACCUGCCAGCCUCAGGUUGUCAAGGACUUGGGGGAAAGACAGUUGGGGGUGUUGUCCAGCGGGACAAGCCGAGUCAUGCGCUUUGGGACAAAUGCGUUUUCUCUUGUGCAUCCCGGGAAGUGAGGCCAGCUCUGGGCAUCAGCCUGAGACCCUAAACCUGACAGGCUGUGCAAAGGAUUUCGAACCCCCUUGGCGUGACUCCCUGAAAAGGAGAGACCUCAGCCACGCCCGCCGGCUGCUGGUAGCUGCCCUGCCCACACACACGUUCACUCUUUCCAUCACGGCGGCAGGGUUUCCCCAGGAGCUGGGUGUCAUCGCAAAGCCCAAAGUCCACGGGUGUGCGCUUGGGUCACCUGCACUGAACGCUCCCUUCGGGUCUCCGGCCUGCGUGGAAGACAACGUCCACCCAAGGAAAGGGCGCUCCAGCCUGCCCCGCCCUCACCAGUCUCUGCAUCUCCCUCCCUGUGGCCCCUCCCACAAAGCCCUGCCCCCUAACACAGGCAGCUAGAUGACUGUCAGUGUGUGUGAACUGUCAUUUCCAGGGGAGCCGGUGGGGAGGCGAGAGAAAAGCGCUCUCUAGUGGGAAAUACUCCCCCCCCACAGUGAAGCCAUGGCCAGUCACUUCAGUAAGGGAGGAACCGCUGUCCCUCUGACUAUGCCUUUCCUCCUCCUCCAUGUGUUAAAUUGGCGAAGCAAACAGCCAAGGGGCAUCACAGUGCCAGGGGUCGGAGGGAUAACAAUUAGGUAGGAGCCAUGUGUUGUGGGCAGGACCCACUGGACUCCUGGCAGGGGCUCCACCUGGGGCCCCACUCCCGUAGGGAGCUGUGCAUCCUGAACUCAGUGCUGAGAAGCCGCAAGGAACCUCCUUGUUGGGGUCCCCAGCCAUCGAGGUUCUGGGGACGGAGCCCUUUGGAAUGAGUGUGCACGCCCCUGGCCAGUCUGUGUGCCCAUCUCCCUUCGCCCCCUCUUCCCCUCUCAAGGUGUCUUGCUUUUGCCUGGGUUGGUCCCUGCAGGGAGCGGGACAGAAAAGCCAGGUUCCGGAAAGUCGGCCUGAGGUUUCUGGCAAGGCGUCCUCUGAGCCCCGCCCCGCACCCCCCCCCCCAGCCUCUCCUGCAGUAGCUGCCCUCUCGCUGGUGCCGCGAAGUCUUCCACGAGUCAGACAGGCCCUUUUCUGACUGUCCCUGGUGGCGCCACACCCGCUCAGAGAUACGCCAUUGUCCAAGAAGAAUUUCAGCUUUCUGAUGAUCUUAUUCCACAUGGCCUUACAGAUCCUGUAAAUCGGGGGCUCACAGAAGUAAUGUGCUGUGUUCUGGGAGGUAUUUCGUACUGUGCUGUGCCCUCAGUCACACCAAUAUUCUGCAAGCCGUGCACUUCCUCCGUGAUUUUGAUCCCUGAAAUGCUUUGUAAGACAGGGAGUGGGAAUAUCUCUGCAUUCACUAUGUAUUCUCCUGGCCUUCCUGCUGGGUCCCUUCGUCGGGUACGGACUCACGACAGAGAAGGGACCAGAGGCUGUGCGCAGGGCAGUUCAGCCUCCUGCCUGCUGGGACUCGUGCGGUUGCCCGAGAAAGCCCGAGCCCUGGCACUUGGGCACGGAGGGCAGGCCGGAGGCACUUUAUCCAACCCCAGAGAGAAGCUGGAGUCGCAUGACUGAGGCUUCACCUAGAAAAAUGCCUAUAUUUUUAAUGUUGAAACCACGGGGCUCCCUGGACCUCAGAGAGUAUCGGGCGUCGACAAGUGCUUUUAUAUUUUGUAACUGCAAAGAGGUUUCACGUGCACAUCGAGAGCAGUUGGGGACCUCCUCAACUGCCACGAAACCAGAUGACCUCUGCAUGUACAGAGAUGUUGCGUUCGCACUAUGGAAAUAGCAAAUAAAGCUUUGAUGCAAGUUGCGUUGGA